AUGAAAGAAUCUUCCGAUGGAGCCUCGCGCCGGCCAGUGUCCGACGAUUUUGAGGAGGGUGCACCAAAGGCUCCUCGGGAACGAGGCUUCCGAUUUCUUAACUUUUCAAAUUUCAACGACACCAAGGCGAAAGAGACGAAAAACAGGGUCCGAAGCCAUGUCAUGCAUGGGGUACAUCAGAAAAAGAAGAGUGGAGAGCAGCGUAUACCGAAAGGCUCAAUUGAGCUAGACACUUAUUCUCUAGUUCGUUCGAAGCCUCAAGCCACUCAGCCACACGCAAACACUGCUAUACCGAAUGCAGCAUUAAUAGGUCCCGAUAGAUUGGGAGCAGGAAGAAAUGAUCCUUUCCAGAACUACCCAAUUCGGAUGAAUCAACGGACCCUAGAGAUCUAUGAUCACUUAACGAAAGGUCCCUUUUGCCCGAUGUUUAAGACAAUGAGCAGAAUCGGAUUCUACAGGAGCAUCACGGAUCCUGCGGGUUUUCUCCAAAUCCUUAGCACUUCAGUCUCUCACAUGACCAUGCUACGGCACCAGCCUGUGGCAGAGAGCCCGGAAGCAAUCGCGCUGUCAACCCAGGCGAUCGAGUCUGUCAACAAGCGGCUUGGCGAUCCCGUCCUCAACAUGAGCGAUGGAAUCGUGGCGGCCAUCUUGACGUUCUGUUGUCACACUACCAUGUUCAACGAUGUCCCUGGCUCAAAGAUCCACGUGAACGGGCUAGAAGAGAUCAUUCGGCGCAGAGGAGGCGUAGGCACUUUGGAUUCAAACCCCGCGAUGAGGAUGGUCUUAUUUUGGGUCGACACAAAUUAUGCUUUCAUGGCAAACACAGUGCCUCGAUUUCCGUAUCCAGAAGACCUAUACCCCGUGAUUCCUGAACGGCCCGGCAACGAUCCUUUGCUGCUCACAGAAGCGUGCAAACAAGAAGAUCUUCUUUCUGCCAUUUAUGACUUAUAUAGCUUGAAUCAGCUGAUAACCAACGAACCCAAAGUUAGAGAUAUCUGGGCCGAUGGUGUCUUUGCAUGGAAAUAUAUUGUUCCUGUGCUCCACAAGCUGCUGUUGAUAAAGUAUGAGCAGCUAGGUCCUGGGUCAGCAGCUCUCCGAACAGGUGCAAUGCUUUAUAUUGCGGCAAUACGGCGGCGAUUCGGAGUCCGAAUCUUAACGGACAUUCAAAUUCAAAAACUGAGAACCUCCAUGAUGGCGCUGCUCCAGGAUGCUGAUCUCGCCGGAUACGACGCUACUGCUGCUGUUCUGCUUUGGCUAUUUGUGCUUGGCAGUACGCUGUCAGACCUGAGGGACGACCGCGAUUGGUUCGUCUCGCAGACAGCGCAGCAUAUCUCCAUCAUGGGUUAUGGCUCGUGGGAUGAGGCGAUCAGCGGCUCCGUCAAGAAAGUCUUGUGGAUUGACGAUAUUCUUGUCGAUGAACUCGAGUCACUUCACCAAGACGUGUCUAUGACAAUGUUGGUUUCUUAUGGACACCGAUUUCCUUAA